UCCCCCAGUAGUUUGUGUCUCUGCCCCUCCCACAAUGGGGAGAUUUCCCCCAGUAGUCUGUGUCAAUGCCCCUCCCACUAUGGGGAGAUUUCCCCCAGUAGUUUGUGCCUCUGCCCCCCCCACAAUGGGAGAUUUCCUGUAGUAGUUUGUGUCUCUGCCCCUUCCACAAUGGGGAGAUUUCCUGCAGUAGUUUGUGUCUCUGCCCCUCCCACAAUGGGGAGAUUUUCUGCAGUAGUUCGUGCCUCUGCCCCUCCCACAAUGGGGAGAUAUACUGCAGUAGUUGUUUGUGCCUCUGUCCCUCCCACAAUGGGGAGAUUUCCUGCAGUAGUUCAU